AUGACUGACCCUCGCCCCUAUCACAUCCUCGCCUACGGUACCCUUUUGGGUACCCAGUUCUACCAAUCCUUCGUCGGUGGUAUUGUCGCGUUCCGCGCCCUGCCGCGCCCGCAGUUCGCCAGCCUACAGACUGCCAUCUUCCCCAUCUACUUUUCCCUGCAGACGGCCUUGCCCGUUGCGGUGGCCUUGACUGCCAGCAGAGGUGGACAGGCACUGGGUCUCUCGGGUCUCGUAGCCCCAGAGAACCGCCUCAACACUUUGCUGCCUAUGGCUACCGUCGCCCUGACCGGACUGAUCAAUCUGUUUGUGCUGCGCCCGUUGACGACGAAAAUCAUGCGCGAGCGGAAGCACCAAGAAACCCGCGAUGGAAAGAGGAGCUACGAUCCCGCUCCUCACUCCAAGGAGAUGGUUGCUCUGAACAAGCGCUUUGGCCGUGUACACGGCAUGUCUAGCCUGGUCAACAUGGUCAGCCUUAUCGCUACUGUAUGGUAUGGUGCGGUGCUGAGCAAGCGGCUGGAGUAA